AUGGACGUUGAGCAGAUUUCAAAUCAAGCCUUACCACUUUCCGCAAUGAAGGAGACGAAAACUACAGUGCCGGGUUGGAUUAGCUUUGUCUCUGGCGGCGUGGGCGGUAUCUGUCUCGUCCUUGUUGGACAUCCAUUCGACUUGGUAAAGGUCCGUCUUCAGGCCGGAAUCCAUCAAUAUGGAUCGAUGGGAAAUGCAUUUAACAGUAUUGUCACAAAAGACGGCAUUCUGGGUCUCUACCGCGGAAUGUUAGCCCCGAUCAUUGGAGUUACUCCUAUUUUCGCAGUAAGCUUUUGGGGAUAUGCAUUUGGAAUGAAAAUGGUAACCAGCUUUAAUGGAGAUCCGCAGACCAAGCCCACAUUGGGUCAGAUAUCCCUUGCUGGGGCCUUUUCAGCCCUUCCAACGACAGCUUUAAUGGUGCCGUUUGAACGGUUGAAAGUUAUGGCACAGAUACAGGAAGGAACCGCAUACAAAGGGCCUGGCUCUAUUUUGAUAUCAAUGCUCAGGACCAAAGGAGUUGGUAACAGUCUCAAAAUGCUGUACAGAGGAACCAUGGCAACGCUGGCGAGAGAUGCACCUGGAAGUGUAGCCUAUUUUGCGACUUAUGAGAUAUUGAAAAAAAAGCUGUCAUCGUCAUCGUCGUCGUCCUCAUCAUCCCUUCCCGUUGCUUCAAUACUUGUUGCUGGCGGUCUUGCUGGGAUGGCCAACUGGCUUGUAGCAAUACCUGCAGAUGUGAUUAAAAGUCGAAUCCAAGCUGGAUCUGAGGAGUCUGGGACCCAACUAUUAAAAGGCAUGCUGCAAAAGGAGGGUCCCAGAGCCUUGUUUAAGGGCCUUGGACCGGCCCUUUUGAGAGCAUUCCCAGCAAACGCAGCAUGCUUUGCUGGUGUUGAGAUAUCCACCUCGAUGUUUAAAAAGAUUGCUUUGGAAAAUUAA